CCUGCCUCCGAAACGCACCACGCCUCACACCUGUCAACCUAGGGUACCUGUGCUUCGCAGCAGUGACGUUCGAGGCGUCCUUGCGUUUCGCUGCCAUGGCAUGGAUUGGGUUGAACAUGCCUACGUCUAGGUACCGGCCUGCGGAUGACGAAGACUCUGUCACGUAUCUUCCUUCAGCUCACUGGUCGACGUAUUACUAUGAAUACCCAGAGCAACUGACCUCAUAUCCACCUAUACCACAUCCACCGAUUCCACUUCCACUUCCAACAGUUCCAAUUCCAGUGCUUCUACCCGAAGCUCCAAUGUCGCCUAGCUCUGAGCUGUCAGUCGCUAAGUCCAACAAGCAAACAUUUUCUAUGUUAAACGCUUUUUUCGAGGCGUUUGUCCCCACUAAGCACAUCGCCAGUAGGCCACCGUUAGGCCAUGUAUCUUUGUCCCGACGUUAUUUCGACUACAACAGCGAAGCGCCCGCUCCAUAUGGCUUCGGCCAUCCGUACCCUCGUUCACAUGAGAGGCACAUUUGGCCAUGCAUGUACCCUUACUCACCUAAACCAGGUCCCUCGGGCGAUAUUAUCGAAUCGCACGAAGUCACAGUCAGGCAUUCAAGGGAGUCUCCAGGCAAGGACGCCGAGUACUACGCUGAUCCUUACAACCUAACGGUCAACCACUACCAUCAUGAUUUGAGACAAGGCGAUGGCAUACACUCAGAGGAAUACCACAUAUGCUCGGUUUGUCGACGGCCCCGAUCCACUCGUUACCAUCGCGAACAUCCUUUGGUUCCCGGGCAACAAAUAAUUCCGGAAGUAUGCCGCAGAUGUCGGGCAGCGAAAAGCUCCAGUGAGGACGAUAAAGUCAUAGUAAACGCUCCAGGCAAAAGGGCGGUCAAAGAAUCAGAACGCAUACGCAUCAUCAGACUAUCAAGCGACCAUGAUGUAAGAAGUUCUUCUCAUUGUAGAAAAACAAGUACCAACACAAGGUCGACAAGCUACUAUGAAGAUUCUUCUCCCCAGAAGCAUCAUACAAGAUCCAGAAGCCGGACAAGGAUCCUCAUUCGAGAGACCGAAGGUCGCCGCCGUCGAAGCCUCUCAACUUCACCCCCUCCAGAAGAAAGCGGCAAUCCUAGUGAGCUAGUCAUCAUUAGGCGUAUUAGAGUGGCAAGGGCGGAUUCGCCAAACUCAGCAUGUUCGGUAUCAAUAGAACGAAGUGCAUUGCCUCCCAUGGAAGAAAGUCCUAGGCCCUCUUCUUCUCCAUGUGGUCGGGUUAUAAGCGAUGCUGAAAGGAAGCUUGCUGCUCAUCCUUCAGCAUUCCGCCACGGCUAUCUUGUCCCUAUACUAUCAAACAAAGGGUCUGCUCCUUCUUCUCCAUCUUCCCGCUCACAAAAGCUCGCCAUUGAGUCACCGACUCCGUCUUCGUCACAAAAAACACCGCGUAGAGACGCACCGAUAUCGUCUGUUCGCUAUGCUCCGCCACCAGAUACGAUCGCUUCUCUAUACUCGAGAGGACAUUCUGUCCGGCCUGACCACGGUUUUCAUGAGACCCUGUCGAACAGAAGCCAAAGCAUGAACAAAUUUGCCAGACGGUCAGAAGUGGAAACACCGUAUUCCCCACCUACCAGACGUCAAGAUAGACAGAGCUUUGAAAGUACGAAAGUGGAGGUCGGCGGUCACCAUGUUAAAUUCGCUCCAGUGCCUGAGACUUCUGACGGAAAGAAAUCUUCACCACGUCCAAGCCCCGAAACAAAGCAACCUAGAGUCCGCCAGCACUACAGAGCUGGAUUGGAUGGACAGAUGAGCAGCGAAGAUUUGCCGUUGACGUCGGAACAUUUGAAUGCCCACGACCACUGGCGAGAGGCUUACAUCGACAAUGAGCCAGAGGACGAGAAGCCGCCGAGUACCGCCAGCCACGUCGUUCGCAAACCGUCCUUUGAUCAUCCUCCAAAGGCUUCUCCAAGUGUGUGUUAUGUACCUCGGCCGGACCAUGUAACUUACCAUCGCGCGCCAACUCCUCCGAAGGCACCUAGCCCCCCACCAACAAACGCGACAUUGUACGACUAUUCGGGCAAGCGUUCAGUCCCCGCGGCAAGCAGGCAAACAUCAAACCCGAUCACGGAGCCAGCCAAAAGCCAGUGGUCGAGUAAAUCAACGGCCAGCGGCACUAGCAGUGGGUCGUAUAGGAUAGUGGACAUGGGGGACGUAGAUGAGGUAGACGAGCGUGGAUUUUCAUUACGAAUUAGAAAGAUUGAGGAGGCACGCUACUCAGGGAGAGGGAAGGCCAGGUAGUAGGAUGAGUGGUCGUAGAUACUUGUGGCCCUCCUACAACGAAGCGCCACUGGCGCGAUUGAUUUAAAC